UUUGGCAGACUAGGGAAGCCGUGGAGGAGCUGGGUCUACUCCUCACUAAUACUGUAUAAAAUGCCUGGGUUGUUAUACCUUUUGUCAUGGAUUUCCACACUUGUUCACAUAUGCUUGGGAACCCUUGCUUUAGCUGCAGCUCUGUAUUACUUAGCAGAAUUAGUCGAAGAAUAUACCAGCACAGCCGCCAAAGUUCUUAGAUAUUGGAUAUGGGUCACCAUAGGACUCUACAUCUUACUCUUCAUGUUUGAGAGUGUACCAACAUCAGUCAUCUUGUGCGGGUUCAUAUCACAGCUGGUGCAUCUCUCCAUCCUCCGCACAUUUCCAUUCUUUUUCCUCACCUCUCUACCAUUCAUUCUUGGUGUUAUUUUGUUCUUUGUCAACCACUACUUGGCAUUCUCCUUCUUUGCUGCAUAUUACUACCCAGCAUCUGAGGUGUUGGCAUAUUUUACAUUAUAUAUUUGGCUCGUGCCAUUUGGGUUCUUCAUCUCCCUAUCUGCAAAUGAGAAUGUUCUACCAACACGAGCAGAGUCCAGACCUUUACUAUCAAAUGAUGAUGAUUUUGUCACUGGAUACUUCAACAAAAAGGGUAAGAGGUACGGGCUUCUCUCAUUCUUUAAUUAUCUCAAGGAAGAAUUUUUUCCACAACGUGGCAAGAAAUCAUUCUAAAGGGCAAGGAAACCUUUUAAAAAAUAAUUAUCUUUGUAUAGUUCCCAUUAUACUGUAUAUGUAAAAAAGCAAACUGUAUAGAUAAGUAAGGAGUGGAAACUGUCCUUUUUGUGAAAUGUUUCAUAAGGAGAAAUGUGGAAAAAUUAGUCUCAUAUUGCAUGGAAUUUUUGAUAAUACCUUUUUUAUACUUAAACAUAUAAAGUGUUAAUUAAGAUCAGAAAAUCAUAAAUAAAAAUCAGGUCGAGUGCCUGGUAAGGGUAAACUAUGACUGAUGUCGUAAACUUGCUGAAGCAGUCUGGUUCAUGUUAGUGAUACUCAGCAGACCAUAAACCUUUGUUUAUUUCCUCUUUUCCAUUAUUAGGUUUAUUAUUUAGAGAACUUCAUUAUUGAAGUUAUGUACCACAAAGAUGGUUUAUGGUUUAUUAUUCUUAAGCAUAAGUGAAUUAUGACUGUAAUUUGCCAACAAAAUAUAAGUUAUAACUUGAAAAUUAUUGCACUAAUAAUUAUCCUUCACUUUUUAUCAAAAAGUUUGAUCUUCAAGUCUUACAUUAUUUUUCAUCAGUGACAUAUGUAUUUUUUCAUUGCAUAGUAUUUUACUGUACUGUAUAUACAUAAAUAUACCUGUAUAGGUAGUCUUACUUGGUUACAUAUUGGAACUAUGGACUAUAUCAGUAUAUGUUGUAUCUGAAAAAACUUAGUCUCAAAGCAGGUUAACUCUUGAUGAACCUCCUCCAUACAGCAUAUCUUGAUACAAUUCUCCAAUUCCUUCAUAAAUAAAUCCCAUUCUUGAGUAAUCCAUUUUGUGAUUUAAUAAGGAAAAGUGAUGCGAUGGAUCCCAUGAAUUUAACAUUUGGAAAGAAAACAGCAGGCAUUCUAGAACCCCCGACUAAAUUUUGAGUUGAGAUAUAUGGUAAUGAAACUCAAUGUGUCUGAGAGAAUAAAUGAAAAUCUUGCUGAAGGAAGCCCUUAAGUUGGGAGUCAAAAGUGUCUAGCAGAUUUAACAGACAGAAACUGGGGAAAAUUCACUCUUGUGAGGAAAACUUUGUGAAAAUAAUUAUCUGUCAAUUUAAAGCAGAAAUAGCCAAACCACUUUACCUGGCAUUAAAAUAGUAACUACAUUUUACUAGAUCAUACACAGGACAGUGGUCAAAAUAUACAGUGUAGGUAAACCUUGAUAAACAAUGGGGUUAGGUUCCUGAAAAGGCCAUCGCUAAGUGAAUUAUUGUAGAUAAGGAGCAUUAUAACAUGGGGUUCAAUAGGACAUGUUCGCAGCCAGUCCCCAAACACACAUGUACCACCGACCAAAAAAAAAAUUCCUACACUACUACAGUACUAUCAGUACAAAAAAAUAAACAACACUCACAUCAUGAUGAAUAAGCCUGGUCAUCAUCACAUGUCUCCUUUGAGGCUAAGGGGAGUCUUGUAGGUGGAGUGGAGACGUCACUCUGACACACAGCCUCUGGCCUCUGGGGAGUCUCAUGCUGCUUCACAAUGUCAAGUUUCACCUCAGAGUCACGGUUGUCUUGGAUGCCUUGGCCUUCCCAGACAUUUUUAAAGUACACUGCUCACUUCUCAGUCACAAAAACAGAGUGAACGAUGAUAACAUAAAAACAAUGAUAGCGGCCAACAAUGCUCGCAUAAUUUUCACAACAAAAGAGGUGAAGCACCUUAAGUCCAAAAACACAAAAAAUAUCACUUCACCAUCACCAUAACACAGUUGAAUCUAAACAUUAGUGCUGUCCUUUUACUAUAAGAAAAAAAACAAAAACAAUGAUAAGUACAUUACGAUGAUGACCGAUAAUCAUGAAGCAAUGCAAUAGCAGGUUUACGAUCGACAUAGAAUCAAUCGGAGGGCUGUAAUGCACGGGUUGGUCGUGUGGUAGCAUGUGGGGAGGUUGUCAAGUGAAGGUAGAGAUGUGUGGUGCAUAGGGUUAAAUAUUGUUUCCUUAUAAAAUGUCACAGGCUUGAUGUAGAAAAAUAUAAUUUGCAUUGCUGGAAUCAUUGCAAGACAGCGAUUAAUUUGAGUACAGUAUAAUAUACAACCCAAUGUUUGCACGAGAGAUAAACAAAAAUCCAACCAAUGAAUAUCGUUGAAGUGAAUUAUUUUCAUCAUAUAUAGCGAGAUGGUCUUAAUUCAUGGCCAUCGUUAAAGUGAAAUAUCACUGGACCGGACAUCGUAUAUCACGGUUAACCUGUAUUGUACAGGGAUGGCGAGUCAAUUUGAGUUCCAAAAAGAGACCCCCAAAAAGUCAAACAGGGGCAAUGGUUUUUUUAACUUGAUCUAUGCUUUGAUCUAUUACUGUUGUCUGAUGUGCAGAGUGUAGCGAUGGAUGUAGUCAUGUUUUAUACAUUACAAUUAUCAUAAAUACGGCACAUAUACAGUUGUAAUAUAUAGGUUCAGUGCAAACCAUGCCAGCACCUCCAUAAAUAACUCAUGGAACUAAGUAAUUACAGUGUCUCCCUGUGCACCACUAAGAGCACUGUGCACCACCAGUUACAUACAAAAUGGAUUACUUUACUUGGAUUCCUAGAACAGCUGUGUGAGAUUAUACAUAUCAAGUCCUGUUUCUGUAUUGCAUCUAAAAAUUUGUUGUAGUCUUUAUGGCUUACCAAGGGUUUUUGCAUUCCUAAAACAAAGUACAGUACAGUAGUAUUAAAGUGUACUGAGUACUCUGUUAAGGUACAGUAAUUAAAACCUUGUCAUGAUGUAUACAGAAUUUAAUAAGCAUGUAAUAAAAAAUCGUUUUUCUUUCUCUUUAUCCUAAUAUAAUUUAACGUGCUUCUUAUGAUGUACAGAUAAAAUCUGAAACAUUACUAAAGGUGCUCUAUCAUACAUAAUAAUUUUCAUAUUCAGGCUAAAAACUAAUUGCUAUUAAUAGCUAUUAUUUUGUACAAACCAAGUUAAUUACUGCACUCAAGAAUCAAACCACAACGUAUCUCAAAAAUAUAUAAAUACUUAUAUUAAAAUUAUAAAGCAACUGAAGAUAAUUACUGAAAUAAAGUUGUACACAUACUUCUACUUUUGUAAGAAGCUUCCUUCUUAGUGCUGUUGUAACAUAAUUUUGGGGCUGAUUUUAUGCAAAACCUUAAGACAGUUUAACAUGUUGAUCAUCAUGGCUGAACCCAUUAGAAAAAUGUGCUUUACGGUUUACUAUAGUCCGUCAUUUAGAUUAGGGAUACUGUCACAUAAACCUGUUCAAUAAUCACUUCAUCUUUAGUUCUCCUAAACACUGGCAAAACUUAAUUUAAGCACCAAGUCUUUAUUGGCCUAUAAACUAGUUUUUCUUAUUUAUACUGUACAGUACGUAUACCAUAGACUCCUGACAAAUUACUGGAGAGUACACAUUUUGUAACUAACAGCAACAAAAAGGUGGGAUGUUUGGUUGGUUCAGGCAGUACAAAUAAUAGGUCACUUGCAGCUGAUCCUCUGUUGCUCUGUUGUUGGGUUUCAGAGAUUUACUGUAUCUGAUUCAGUAAAUUAAGAGCCUAAAACAAUGGAAAAAAAAAAAAAGUACUGUAUAUAAUAGAAGAUAAAAACUGGAAGUGUUAUUAUCUACAGGAGUCAGGAUUGCCACAGUGCCCUUCAGAAUUGGUGAUCUUAGAAAACCUAAAAGAAAUCACUGACAACCCUACAAUACAUUAAGUAAUUCUUUAGCUUAUGGUUUAACAUCCGUCGGUAAAUCCGAGAGGAUUUAAUUAACACAUUGCAGGAUCACAAUAUUCUCCACCUUUUAAGCAUUUAUAUCUCGCAUAAUAUUAAGCUCAACAAAGAACAA